AUGACUACCCAGACCAACAUAGAGCAACCUUGGUCCCUGGCCGGCAAGGCUGCCAUCGUCACGGGCGCCUCCCGAGGUAUCGGAAAAGCCAUCGCCAUCCACUUGGCCCGCAAGGGUCUCACCAACAUAGCCAUCACAUACGCCAAUAAUCAGGCAGCCGCCGAAGAUACGCUGGAAAAGGUUCGGGCUCUCGGUGUGAAGAACGCGAUUGCCCUGAAAGCAGAUGCUGCUGAACCUGAAGCCUGGCCCACGGUCGUCAAAGACUCCUUGGCCGGCCUUGGUGUUUCGACCAUCGACAUCCUCAUCAACAAUGCCGUGUGGGGAUCGAUCAAGGAAUACCUCCCAGUCGCGCAAACCACGCCAGAAGACUUCAUCAAAUGUAUGGUUGGCAACGUCUACUCACCAGUCGCAACCAUUGUCGCCUUCCUGGAGCACGCAGCGCCGAAGCAGGGCGGGCGCGUCAUCAACAUUUCGAGCGUGUCCGGAAGAAUCGCCAACGCCGAGCCGACGAUGAGCUACGGCGCCAGCAAAGCUGCGCUUGAUAGCUACACACGCUCGUUCGCGGGUCACUACGCCCUGGAACGCGGUGUCACUUUCAAUAGUGUUCUCGUGGGACCGACGGAUACCGAUGCACUGAGGGGUACUCUGGAGGCUGUGGGUGGUGACUUUGAGAAGCACCUGGUUUCCGAGGUGACUGCCGCCCCUCGUCUUGGUCAAGUCGAGGAUAUUGCGUACAUUGUUGGAUUUCUUGCCAGUGAAGAGGGACGAUGGGUCAACGGGGCGGCUGUAAGUGCCAACGGCGGGUUCAAGUCUACCAUCGCCGCUCUGGGUUGA